AUGGCUAAAGAAGAGUUGAAUGACCCAGAAAUACCACAGGUAUUUAUAGCUGCUGCAUUCUUGCCGCAAACACAUCAGUCCCGACUCAGCAGUGCCGCUACAAUUCGACAUGAGGGUUGCUCUUUAUUGAGUCAGAGUCAAACUUUUGUACUUGCAAUUUUUAUUCGAACCUCUUCACAGAAUUAUGUCUGGGGGGACCGCGCGAUCAAGCAAAUGUGA